GCGACGUUAAACCCCAUUUCACCUCACCUUUAUCCUGAUUUAAUUCAAAGGCAUUCGAAAAGAAGACUUGAUUAUAAUAAGAUAAAAAUGACAUUUAAAUGAACAAUGAAGCUAUCAAAUGUUUUACUGGUUUUUGUCACCAAAUAUAAAUGUUUAAUGGUGUAAUGAAAUUCUCGCAAUGAUCAAUUAUACGUGGUGUUAUUAAGAUAUGUGCUGUGUUGACAUUUCAUCAGGCAUGUAGAAAGUAUUAUAUACAUAUUAAGCAACAGGAAACGUAGUCACUGACCUCGGUGGCCGUGAGUCACGUGACACAGUAGACGACAAUCACCACGCACGCACACACAACCAACCUUGGGACACAAUAGCUGAACGUGGGACGGUUUUUUCACAUAUAUAUAGGAGGCCGUAUCCGUAGGGCUUAUAGUUCCACUUUACUUACACAAAGAAUGAACAUACUAGCUCUGGUCCUUGUGGUGUUACCACUAGCCACGUCUCAACUCAUGGGGGGACCCAUGGCUGUCGACGUGAACAGGGACGACAUUCAGCAGAUGGCAAGCUUCGCCCUUACCCAGCUGAACACGCUCCUCGGGUCACAGAACACUCUGGUGUCUGUCGUGGAUGCUAAAACUCAAGUUGUCUCUGGCGUCAACUACUUACUGACCCUCGAGAUACAGAACGGACAGCAGACCCAGAUCUGCACUGUUACCAUCUGGUCACGUGCAUGGCUGAACGACAAGCGUGUUACCCAUCAUGCAUGUACUACACGCAGCAAGCGGGCCGUGCUUGUUGGUGCUCCAACCUCCGUCGAUGUCAACCGUACAGAUAUCCAGAGGAUGGCGACCUUUGCUGUGACUGCACUGAACGGCCUACAGGGGGCCCAAAACAGUCUUGAUCAAGUCAUCUCUGCCAAGACCCAGGUGGUUGCUGGAACCAACUACAUUCUGAAGAUCCGCCUGAUUGAUGGAACCCAGACCCAGAUCUGUGACGUGACCAUCUGGGACCAGCUCUGGACCCAGAUGACCGAGUUGACCCGCCAUAGCUGCACCAGCGGAACGGGAGUGAGUGAGUGAGUGAAUAUUUCUUUACGCCGAAUCAGCACUUUUGCAGCUUUUCGCGGCGAGAAAUGCCCUUUGUGUAAACAUAUAUCAACGAAUAUAAUAAAAGUGAUGUUGAAAAUCA